ACAGAUUCUCAGCCACCGCGUCUUGCCUGCGAGGUUUGCUCUGGUUUUUAGUCUGUGUUUUCUAAAGUCUAUCAUCUCUGCCUCUUCACACUCUUUUCUGUGCAUAGUAUCAUGGCAGAGCUUCCCGGACAGCGAAACCCCUCCUCUCCUAUAUCUCUCCUUCUGCAGACUCUUGGCAUGACACGCGACGACCUCGUGCGACACUCGACGCAGAUGAGGUCCUUCCUCGAGACAGAAUCGAAUCCUGUACGCGCGUUUUCACAGCCAAAACUUGAACCUCCGGAAACUUCCCUACUGGAUACACGUUCAACCAGGUCCAGAACCCAUUCGUACUCGAAUGUAUCACUGGCGGUACCAUCAUUUGCUGCCUCACCACCAAUCACACCUGUAAAAACAGAACCUAUCGAACGGGGACUUCCAGCUCGUCAAAUGGAUACCAUGGAAAUGGUUAUGGAGCGUAAGAGCAAGCAGAAGAAACGAGCACGUAAAGAAUCCCUCUCACAUUCACGCGAGGAACGCGUCGAAUCGCGUCCAGCGCCAUCCACACCUUCUCGUCUGAGCCGAAGUCAGAAUGUAGACACCCCCCAUCAUUAUAAAUACUACAGGGAACGGGUGAUCGGUGAUGCUACUCCAAAGCACCAUACACAGGGAGAAGCCAGUGGUUCAGAAUCCCCGUCGAAGAGUAGGCCACAUUACCGGCUUCCCAAGACACCGUCCAGUCGGUUCCUUGAUUCUUCAAGACCGUCUUCACCCAUGUCUAGCCCUGCGGUAGUCAACCUUGUAUCUUCGCCAGGACCCAUGAGACCAGAGUCCGAAGCAGAUGCUGACGAGCUCCCCUUCACUCUCCCGCCUGGCCCGUACUCUGAUUCAAAACCAGAUAAUUGCUAUGCAGCUAUCAUCGGACAGGCGAUUCUAUCUUCCCCACAACAUCGUCUCACAUUACAGGAUAUCUACGAAUGGAUCACAAUCGUGUAUCCAUAUUACAAACGUGGCGAGCAGACUUGGAUGAACUCUGUCAGACACGCGCUUAGCACUAUGGCCGUGUUUCGGAAGGUCCCUCGACAACGUCAGGAGGGCAAAAGUUUGUGGGCGAUAUGGGAUUGUGAUAUACCUUGCUUUGCCAAUGGGGACUUCAAGAAGUCGUUAUGUGCUGAUAUGGUGAAAGUGAAAUCUGAGUCGUCGAAGAGCGGUCCAAAGAGACGCGCUGCAACUGACCAAGCGGGGAGUAGCAGGACUUCGAAAAGACGUAGGAAGACGUUCGACGAUGCUGACGAUGCAGUCGGGCAACCUCUUCCUCCGAUGCUUCCAGCACCAAUACUUCCACCAUUCUACUCCUCUAACAUAGUGCCAGGAACCCAUCAUCAACCCUACUAUCAACAGCAGCCUACGUAUGUUCCACAACCCGUGCCAGCUGAGGUUAUUUUCCCACCCUUGCCAGCAUCCUCGAGUUACCAUCAUGCACGAGCAGCUUCCCACCCUCUAUCUCGUCCCGCGUCUUCGGUUUCGGUUGACACUUCUGAAGUAGCUCCCAGUUCCCCAGCAUGGUCUGCAGCACCACCUCCGUCGUCCGAUUCGUCGGUUCCAGACCUCACACACGACGUCGAUUCAUCCUCUAGCCCGCCUCUCUCGCAGGAGAAUCUUGCUGCAGACGAUAAUCAGGAGGCAAACACCACGAAUGAACCUUCAAUCAGUGCUCCGGCUGUGGUUGAUCCUGAGGAAGAAUUCGAGCGAUGGCUUGCUUCUGAUCCACCAUCAGAUUUUUUGGAGCCCGGUUUUAGCUUGCUCAAUACGCCAUUGAGCGGCCGGAAAUCCACAUCGGCAAGUGCAAGCAGGGCACGAUAUGCGCAUGCAUUGGACUUUUUCCAAGUACCGGAUUCCCCAACGCUGCAGCGGAAAUCAGCAAGGAAAGCGCAGAAGCAACCUAUGAGACAAAGGUCUCCUAGUAUAUCUCCUAUCAUUCGAACUUCAUAUACCGCUCCAUCUAAUCCGUCGACACCCCCUCAUCGACCACGUACGCCACCUCGCAAGCACAGUGGCAGUGCACUUCUUCAGCUGUCACCUCAUCGUACGCCUAUUUCGCAUCGAGGGUUGCAUAUGAGUCCUGCAGCUAGCCUUGCACAUUACAAGAACAAUUUGGAUCCUCCUCCUCCGGUCACAGCCCACUCACAAGCACCAUUAUUAUUCUCUUUCGAAAGCGAGAGCUUAACACUACCUAGUCCUGACCUUUUGCGCACCCCUCGGAGACGUGGAGCACAAACUAUGGGCUCGGAUUCUACCCCCUCAAAUAGGAAUUCUUCCAUCUUCGGACCUGUGACUCCCAAGAGACUCAACUUCAAUCCCCCUGGAGACGGAUCUCCUCUCCGAACACCUUCUCGACAUCUUCUUGACCCUCACGAUCCCUCUGCCCUCCUAGACGAGGAGCUCUUCCGAUUAGGUAGUCAGGGCACUUCUUCACAUACCCCAACUGGUCUUUUUGGCCACUCGAGGGGUAUGCUAUAUGAGAGUCCGAACCUUCCUAGUCCGGGACGAUGGGACAGGUACUGGUGACCUGUGGAUAACUUUCUUUUGUUUUCUCUCAUGUCUUUAUGACCUUCCUCUCACGUUGUAGCCCUCGUAUCUUGAACCUCUGUUGUUGGCUUUGAUAAACAUGAACUUAUGUAUCCUUUUCGGACAUGAUCAUUCACGGCCUUCACGUUUUCUCCCUUAUUGCUGUUGUCUGUACCCAAUGUUGUCCCGCAGUGUUGUUUUGUUGAACUUGUUGUCGCUUGGUUACUGUGAACGUUGUAUGCUUCAGCUAACCAUACGUACCAAUAUCUCCUUCUCCCCUCAACCCUAGUACUGUUUAUCUUGAAUUGUUAGUACGUCCCCGCUCUAGCGUUGCUGUAGCUCUCCGAGUCUCACACAUGUUAUCUCCCUCAUCUUUCCUCUUUCCACCUUUCCAAAUCUUUGAUACAUUGUGAUCAUUUUUCCAUACAUACAUUGGAUCUCGUUAAAAUACAAGGCGAAAGAUAUCCGGACCCC